UUGCUCAAGUAUUAUUCUAACAAAACAUGACUAUUUUGUUGUCCCCCUAUUUCCUCGUUUUAGUAGUAGCCAUGAAGCCAGCUGGAGGAAGAGCUUGAGGGCUCUGAGUCAUCUGUCGAAAUGCAUGUGCUGCUUCUGAAAGAACCAAGAGAGGGAGGCUCUGGACCAGAUCCUUACAUCAAGGAGCUGGCAUCCCGUGGGCACAAAGCAACCUUAAUUCCUGUGCUGUCUUUUACAUUUGUUUCCUUGAACACUUUGUCAGACAAGCUGUUUCAGCCAGAACAACAUGGCGGGCUGAUUUUUACCAGCCCGAGGGCGGUCGAGGCAGUCAAAAUGUGUCUUGAAGAUGAUGAAAGAACGGAACAGUGGAACAAGGACAUUAAAGACAAAUGGAAUGCCAAGUCCAUCUAUGUUGUUGGAAAGGCUACUGCAGCGUUAGUGGGAGACCUAGGUCUGGUCCCCCUGGGAGAGGACACUGGGACUGCAGACGUUCUCUCACGCCUCAUCCUUCAACGAGAGGACACCAAUAUAUUACCACUUCUCUUCCCCUGUGGUUCCAUUAAAAGAGAAGUUUUACCUACUGCUCUGAGGGAAAACGGAGUUCCUCUAGACACACUGAUGGUUUAUCAGACAGCUCAACAUCCUGACCUGGAGAAGAACCUAAAGAACUAUUUUACAGAGCAGGGUGUUCCAGCCAGCAUUGCUUUUUUCAGCCCGUCGGGAGUCAAGUUUUGUUUGGAAACGGUGAGACGACUGUCAGGUGAACAACUGAAGCAGAUCAAGUUUGCAGCCAUAGGACCCACCACAGCAGAUGCCAUGACAGCAGAGGGGCUAUCGGUCAGCUGCUCCGCAGACAAACCUACAGCUGAGCACCUAGCCACAGGGAUAGCAAAGGCUCUACAGUGACAGACUGACGAGACAGACCACAAACCAACCUGAAAACGUGAUCCGUCCCCCCAUCACUUUCUCAAUCAACCUCUGUGAAAUGGAUUGUGGUAUUGCAUUCUUUGGGAUUGAUUUAUCUCUGUGAAGUAUUUGCUAUUAUUUGUGGCUUUUUUAUGUCAUAUUUUGAUCCCGUUAACCAUCUGUAUAUUUAUUAUAUUGUCAUGUGUUGUUGUGCACCAGAUAUUGUAAUGCUUUAUGCCUAUUUGUUGACACUGAAUGUAUCAAAUCAUGCUCUUAUAAACUUGUGAAUAUACUGA